AUGGAUUUAAAGAGUGGUGUCCGUGACACCACUAGGAGAACUAGAAAUAUUUCUUCUUCUAUUGAAAAUGAUGAUGAAAAUUCGAAUUAUCUAAUUGAAUUAUAUUGGGAUAUAAUAUUAUUGCUAGAAUCUCAAUUUAUGGUUUCAAAUAUUGAUAUUAGAAAAUUUAGACAAAGUUUAAUUAAUAAAUUUAGUAACAAAAUUAAUAAUAAAAAAGAUGUUUUACAUAAUUAUUCAUCUUUAUGGAGAUCAAUAGGUGAUGAAUAUUUUUUGUUAUAUUUACCAGUUCAUUAUAAUGAUAUAUUAUAUGCAAAACGUAGUGGCUCAUCUUUACAUGUUCCAUUAUCCAAUCCAUUAAAACUUUUUUCAAGCACAACUCAAGCAAGUUUUAAAGAUUUAUUAUUAAUUUUAUUAGAAUUUGCAUUCACACAUAAUUGUCAUUCAUUAAGAAUAUAUUUCCCAAAGGAUUCUUCGCAAAAUAAUAAUAUUGAAUCAAUUAAUAGUUUUAAAAAAAUUUUAAUGAAUCUAAAUUGGAUUGGUGGGAAAAUUGUUAAAAAUGAGGAUAGAGAUUCUUGUUUGGAACAAAUGAAUUUCGAUGAUUUAAUGACAUCUGAUGAAAAAUUUCUUGUAUUGGAAUUUGAAUGUUAA